AUGCCAUAUUAUUUGCUUUGCUCACUUAAUUAAUUUGGUAGCUCAAAAAUCAAUCGCAAAAACAAAGGAAUUGCCAGAAUUAAUUGGAUCUGUCAAAAGGAUUGUCACUUGGUUUAAGCAUAGUGUAGUGGCGAGUGAUGAAUUACGAAAGCAUUCUGAUCUAAAAUUAAUACAAGAAGUCAGCACUCGCUGGAAUUCCACUUUUUAUAUGGUGGAAAGAUUUUUAGAACUGCGACCAACAAUUAAUCAAAUUGUUAAUUGCCAUACAAGUGCUCCUCCAAUGAUAACUGCAAAAGGUAUUGAAGAGUUGACUGAAAUUUUUGAAGUUUUACGCCCUAUAGAAGUUGCUACUAAAGAAAUCUGUGGAGAAGACUACGUUACCAGCAGCAAAGUUAUUCCCAUAACACGAAUGCUAAACUUAAAAAUGAGCAACAUUAAAACAAACAGUUCUAUGGGUCAGGAUCUUAAGCAGAACAUAAUGACUGAAAUCAGUAAACGCUUGUUACCCUCGGAACAUGUUCAAAUACUUGCUUUAUCUACAUUGCUAGACCCAAGGUUCAAAAAUAUUCACUUUCAAGACCGCAUAGCAUGUUCGAAAGCAGUCAAAUUAGUCAAAGAAUUACUAACUACUACAACGGAAGCAGAAGUAAUUGAAGAAGUUAUGAGUGGUUCGCCAGAUCCAACAGAAGAAUUUAAUUUGUGGAGCGAACAUUAUAAACUUGUAAAUGUCAAAAACUCUACGCCUUCCCCUCAUGAUCACGAAAUGCCUUCCGAGUUAAGCUACUUUUUGAAAAAUACAGUAUCUGAUCUUAAACAAGAUCCUAUCCAAGUUUGGAAUAAUGUCAUCGGUUCCACUUACCCGAAAUUAAAAAUAAUAGCGCUGAAAUAUUUGAGUACUAUCGCGACAUCAACGCCAUCUGAAAGACUGUUUUCAAAAGCUGGCUCUACUCUUUAUCAACAAAGAAAUAGAUUAAAAGGUUCUUCUUUAUCAAAAUUACUCUUCCUGCAGUCAAUUGAUAAAAAAUAUUGGAAUAUGUAAUCAUUUGAUCUCUUUCUUAAUAAAUUCCGAACUUUUA